AUGCUACUACCUUCUUUUACUCUUCGAUACUCUUUAAAGCCGACUCUAGCAAUAUGUUCCCAGAUUCUAAAACCUGCAAAAACUGUAUCUUUCCAAUAUUUGGGUGCCAGACAUAUCCAUAACUACAAAAGCUGUGGACCAUCAUUACGACAUUUCAUCGCCAAGAAAUCAUCACAAUGCCAAAACUCCUCUAUAUUAUCACCAAAAUAUAAUUGGAAAAUUAGUCCUAGUAUCCGAGCUUAUGCAUCUGGAAAAGGAGCCUUAAAAGAACCAGUUACCUGGAAAUCCUUCUUCAUAACGGCUGGCAUUGGUGGUUUCAUUUUGCUCAUUCUUUUCUAUAUAAAACAAGAAAGGGAGUUAAAAUCAGCCCAAGAAAGAAGCAAAUUUCUUGGUAAAGCUGCAUUAGGUGGACCCUGGACACUUGUGGACCACAAUAAUCAACCCAGAUCCAACAAAGACUUUUUUGGACAGUGGGUCCUGCUCUAUUUUGGUUUUACCCACUGUCCUGAUAUCUGCCCAGAUGAAAUUGAGAAAAUGAUUAAAGUUGUUGACUACUUAGAUGAAAGUUCACAAGCCAAGUCUGUAACUCCAUUGUUCAUCACGGUGGAUGCUGAACGAGAUACUGUGGAAGCAAUAAGAAACUAUGUAAAAGAAUUUUCUCCCAAACUCAUUGGAUUGACUGGUGAUAAAGACAAAGUGCAUGAAGCUUCUCGGGCUUAUAGAGUCUAUUACAGUGCUGGACCAAAAGAUGAAGAUAAUGACUAUAUUGUGGAUCACACAAUAAUAAUGUAUCUGCUCAAUCCAAAUGGAGAUUUUGUGGAUUAUUAUGGACAAAACCCGUCUACUUCAACCUCUGCUUUGCACUCUUCUGCGUGCCGUGACGAUGACCAACCCGGCAGCUCUGCAAAGGCUGCAAAAACAACCAGGGGAGGUAACCUUAGCAGGCGUUCUAAAAAAGCCACACCGGCUGAGGGGAAACGGGAGCAGGAUUCCAUUGAGUGCGCCUCCUUGGGGGAGAAGCGGCUGGCGUCUACUUCAACCUCUGCUUUGCAGACUUCUGAGUGCCGUGGCGAUGACCGACCCGGCAGCUUUGCUAAGCGUGCCAAAAUAAAAUGGCGAGGCAACUUUAGCAGGCGUUCUAAAAGAGCCUCUGCGGCAAAAAGAAAGCGGGAGGAGGAAACCGAGGUAGAGGCCGCUUUGAGGCUUUCCAGUCAAUCUCAACGGAGGCAGUAUGUUUUGUCACAUGAAACGCUUGGUGAGCGUAACUACCGUUUGUACUGCAAAUCAGUUUACACAUAUUCGUUGAAAAGUAAGAGGAAACUACCUAAACGCUUGCAAGACAACAAAAAAGCGGCUUCAUCACAAGCGCUUUUGCGGUCUCGACAGAGCCCACAUCGAAAAGCGACUCGCAAUGCAGCCGACGCCGCUGCAACUUCCAUUCGACGGUCCCAGGAGACCACGGCUGAGAAAACCGCACGUAACGCAGCGAAAGCUGCGGCAACGUCCAUUCGACGGUCCCAGGAAUCCAUGGCUGAGAAAAUCGCACGCCAUGCAGCCUACGCCGCUGCAACUUCUGCUGCAAGGGCGUCGGAAAGUUCCGCGCAAAAGCGCACAAGGCGGCAACGCGAUGCAAUUUCAACUUCCGCUGCUCGAUCUGUAGAAGGGCCUACAGAAAGGCGUGAAAGGUUGCAGACUGUUAACAAGCGCCGCCAUGCACAGAGAGGGCUCUCUCUGUUGGAGGGUUCCAGUCCAGACUCCAAAUAUUUCCUCGCAAAAAUCAGACAGUACAAUUGUGCCUUCCAGAUGACCUCUUUUGAUGGUAAUGCCUUCCGCGAAGUCGGUUGGAAUCCCACCUUCAAGGUUCAAGGUCAGGUUUACCACCGGAUUGGGUCUCUUUUGCCGGAAACUUCCAUUGAUUCGGCCUUUCUACAAAUAUACUUCAUAGCUGACUACAAUCAACAGGCAGAUGCCCGCAUAGGCAUUAUUCCCGAGAACGAUACAGGCCAGGACAAUCAUCCUCGCAGGGAUAUCAUAAUGUGUCUCCAACAAAUGCCCCACGAGAUAAACAGCUAUGUCCGCAGUUUUAAGUAUGCUCUCGAAAAUAACACUUCUUCUGAUUUCAUUAUUGUAAUUGAUGCUGACAAACGGCCUCAGGGAGAGCACAAACGUCGUUACAAUGCUCCCGCAAGUAACGAAGUUUCCGUCAUUGUCAGCGGUGAUCAGCACAACAGACGUGACAUUGUUAUCGAAUCGCGCGGCAGUGGGCUCCGAAGAAUCAGUGAAACGCACCGGCCCUACGAUGCACUGCAAUACCCACUUCUCUUCCCUUACGGAGAAGAUGGGUACCACUUUGGCAUUCUGCAAAAUGGGUCCACCUUAAAAACAGUGUCUUGCAGGGCUUUCUACACCUACCCAUUGAUGGUACAUGAGGGUGCAUUCCAUCAUCUUCAUCGAAGCCGGCAACUUUUCCAUCAAUUCAUGGCUGCUAAGAUGGAAUCCGAAACAUCAGACUGA